UGUAAUACUUAACCUAGGUUUGUGCUAUUACCUAGUUUUGUUUUAACUUAUGUUAUUAAUUUUACUUUAAAUAUCUUUAUUUGUCCUGACAAAUAUGAAGAAUGGAUGAUAACUCGAAAAACGCAUCCUCAUAUCAACAUGAUCAAGAAAUACUGGAUGCUCGAGGUAUUAGUAUGACAGUGGAGGAAGUAGCUGGACUCCCAACAUGCAAAUAUACAGAGAAAGUGCAAUCACUUAACCUUAAGGAUGAUGAUUUAAUGUUUCUUAAGGGAUUGAGACGGCGAAUAAGGAAUCGGCUAGCAUCACAAAACAGUCGCCGGCGCAGUAUGGAAAAUCUGCGAAGAUUAACACGCGAGUUGCGUGCUGUGAGGGCAUGUCGAGAUGAUGCUUUGUCUGAAAGGCGGAUGCUACUCGCUACAAGGACUGUAUUGCGGACGCGAUAUGGGGCUUUAAGGACACAUAUAUUAGAGGUCCUAGAAGAACGUGAUGACACCGCAAAGGUUCCAGACUUAGACCCAGAAAUCGUAUUUGAAUCUCCCAAAACAGAUUAUCCAAGUCUCAAGACACAAAUUUUUGAAUGCCGCAUAGAAAAAUUAGUUCAACAGAGUGUCAACCACAUUUACAAAGAAAAGGAUGCCAAAAUUGAGAAUGUUUACAAAAUAAAGGACAAUGAUUACAUAUCAGAUGUUAAUAGUAAAAUUGAUAAACAAAUCGGUUGUAUACGAACAAAUGAAAAUUACAAAGACAGUUACAAAAAGAAAGAUAUUAAAUCAGAAGACAUUAUAAUGGAUAUGCCGAUAGACGGACGUAAUUACAAAUUUGAGAAUGAUUACAAAAUUGAAAUAAAAACGGAAAGAUUACAAAAUCAAGAAUGGAAAUAUAAAGAAAAUGAUUAUACCGAGAAUGAAAUUAACAAAGUCUGUGCGAAAACCGUGUUUUUGGAUGGUGUUCUCAAUUUAUCAAAGAAAAAGAGUCAUGGUCGGAAGCAAACGGCACCACGACGCAUCGCGUACACUUUCAGUGAGCCGGAUAAUGAUGGUGUUCUAGAUUUGAAAAUCAAAAAGGAGCCACAGUGACAAAUACAUCAUAUUUUUAUUUAGUAUACAUUUUGUGCCAAUGCAAGUCAAUCUUAAAUACAAGCAAAUUCAUCCAAAUUCCAUUGGGGAAAAACACCUAAAUUUUUAUUAUUAAUAGAUAUUAUCUCCCCGAUUGGAAUAUGAGACUGCAGUUGCAGACAUAUAAGCCAAUUAUAAUACAAUAAAAUUUGAUCAUUAAAUCAAUAGAUUGGUUAAAAUCUUGUUAAGAUCUGACUUUUUGCACAUUGACCAAAACUUUCUAAAAAACGAAUUUAAUAUAGGAUAUUUUUUUCAUGUUUUGUACAAAAAUAGUAUGUCAUGGAUAGCCAUUAUCAUAACAUAUAUAUAUAAUCUUAAGAGCCCGUGACAUACAAGUUUUACAUUAAAAUAUAUCUAUAAUAUAACAAAGUUAUAAACUGUAAAGUGUAAGGAAUAUGUCAGAAAGCUCAACAGUAAAACUGUUUUAAAUUUUGCAUAGAAAUGUCAGUGGCACUUGAUAUGAAUAUUUCAUGUUUCACUGGACGUACCAAAGACAACAUAAAUGAAUAUUUAAAAAACAAUGAAUGCACAUUUCUUUGAUUUUUAUCAAUUGAUAUCAGCCAUUUAACCAAUUUUUACUAAUGUUGCCACUUUUAUUUUCUUACCAUUUCACACAAAUCAACAGCCAUGUGAUUGUCUAAGCACUUGCGUUGCGAACUUUACCCAUCCAUCGUUAUUAAUAAUAGCUAUAUAACUGUAUGAGUUAAUAAAUUCAAUUGUGUUUAUCAAAAAUUCAGUUUAAUUUUUUUUGGCAAUCAAAUCCAGCCAUUUAAAUAGUUCUAGAAGGUGUAUAAUUUUUAUGUAAAUUUUGUGUAGGUCUACAAUGUUAUGCGGCUCCUCUGCAAUUUUUGGUAUAAGGCAGCAUAAACAACUUUUAAUAUCAACCCGGAUCAUGAAAUUAAUUAUUUUUUUUCAUUCGAUGCAUAAGAGAUAUUUUUUAAGUUCCCAUUUUAGUUGUGUCAUGUUAUUAGUGAAAGAUCUUAUUUUUUUUGUGUUAUGCACUUGUGACCUAUAAUCAGGAAAUAGUAACAACGAUAUUUUAUUGUCUAUUAGGAGUUACGUCUUUUACUUUAAAAAGAAACAAUGUAUUUACCAUUAAACUGUUUAAAAUAUAUUUACUGUAGUUGUAAGUGAAAUUUACAAAAUAUUUUUAUAACCUUGUCUGUAUGAUGUGAUGUUGAGUUUGAAAUAAAUACAUUUAGUUACCAA